UGGCUGCAAGCUCAUAACAGUUCAUCAGUCAUUAGAAAAUUUGUCAUCGUUUGAGAGUGGAAACAAGUCUUCCGUCCGUCAGUCUACACGAGGAAAUUCAUUAUCUGUUUACCACGUCAAAGUACAUUGUUUGUGUUUUAAUAACGCGCACCUCCAUUUCUCCUUCAGGUGUCGCGUUUCAGACUGCCGUUGGAGAGAUUAUUACAUCGGACUUGAUUGGUCGACCCCUGGGGGUCAAGGACUUAGAUAGCGCAGUCAACAGCUGGACGGUAAUAGGGACACACCGAGGCUCCGGGAAACAUGGCCAGAACUUUAGGAGGGAUGUAUCUUACUGCCCCGGGCUAGUGACCUCAACCAAGGACAGGUUUCAGGGAACAUGGGGAGCAGGGGGGCACCUGCUAGCCUAGUGGCGUAUGGACUGCUGGCCCUACAGGCUUUGUAUAUGUACUGUGUGGCGGGUGAUAUAGAAGAAGAGUUUCUAUUAAUUCAAGAUAAAUCUUUCUCCAACGUCACCGUGUAUGGCAGAGAGGUUUCCUGUGGCCAGCACAGGCCGGGACUGUUCCCCACGGAAACAUGGACAUGUAACGACAUCAGAGUGGAUGGGAUGAGGAUAGCCUACGGCUACUAUCCAGGCUUAGGCGCGGAUUCAAAGUGCACAGAGACGGGGGGCUUCGAUGAACUGAGGGAACUCUGUGAACAACUGCUGAAAAAGUCGGUGGCCUUUACCGGCAAGCUGUGGGGGGCACAGGUGUCCAAUGCUACCUGUGAUUUUACCAAAGAUACUCGCGUGACCCUCAACAUGGUGAUCGGGGGCUUUGAGUGGCAGGAGAUGGGGCCAGGGCACGGGAUGAUAGAGACAUUGCAGUGUACUGCCUUCCCCAAGGAGGAUGAACACGGGGGCAUGGUGCUCUAAGACUCGCCUUGUGCGCAUACAAUCACACAAACUACUCAAACCAUUAACAUGACGUCACUUCCUUUGUCUUGAUCGCAAUAUGCUUUCCCGCAGGUGUAUAUUUUCCCUUUUUACCCGCAAACUUUCAUUCAUUCAUGACGGGACAGUAAUCCAGAACUGAUAGCGAAUCUUUUACUGUGAUUAUACAAACUGGAUUGUUAUUCGUCUAAAAGAAGAGGAUGGCUCGCCGGAAUAGAUGCUACAGUUCUCUCCCCUUGAUUCUGAUUUGGGAUAUAUUGCUACAAUUAAUGUCUGUACAUACAUGUGAAAACCAACCGUUAUAUUGUUUCUUAACUGUCCAUGUUUUGUUUAUUCGUUCAUCACAGAAUAAAUCAUAAUAUAGAUUA